AUGGGAAUGUGCGCAAAGGACACUAGUAGAAGAUAUGAAAACAAAGCUGGAAGUUUCAUCACUGGAAUAGAUGUAACCUCCAAGGAAGCAAUUGAGAAGAAAGAGCAACGAGCAAAACGUUUUCACUUUCGAGCUGAAGUGAAUCUUGCUCAAAGGAAUGUGGCACUGGAUCGGGACAUGAUGAAGAAAGCAAUUCCUAAAGUGAGACUGGAUACAAUUUACAUUUGUGGGGUGGAUGAGAUGAGUACACAGGACAUCUUUGCCUAUUUCAAAGAGUAUCCUCCUGCACAUAUUGAGUGGUUAGAUGAUACAUCAUGUAAUGUGGUCUGGCUUGAUGAAGUAACAGCAACACGGGCCCUAAUAAAUAUGAGUUCCCUGCCUGAUCAAGAGAAACCAAAAAGCAGGGAAAACAGUGAAGAGAAGACAGCUGAAAAAAACAAGAAAGAAAAAACGGAGGAAAGUUCUGAGGAUGAAACAGAAGAAGGCGAGGUUGAAGAUGACAAUCCAAGUGAUGUUGAGGUAGAAGAGGAUUCUCUCCUGCGUAAUGAUCUUCGCCCUGCCAAUAAACUGGCUAAAGGAAACAAGCUAUUCAUGAGAUUUGCUACUAAAGAUGACAAGAAAGAGCUGGGAGCUGCAAGGCGAAGCCAGUAUUACAUGAAAUAUGGCAAUCCCAAUUAUGGAGGCAUGAAGGGAAUUCUUAGCAAUUCUUGGAAACGAAGAUACCAUUCACGUCGAAUCCAUCGGGAUGUGAUAAAGAAAAGGACGCUCAUUGGGGAUGAUGUUGGCUUGACUCCUCCUUAUAAACAUCGUCAUUCAGGCCUAGUAAAUGUUCCUGAGGAGCCUAUUGAGGAGGAGGAAGAGGAGGAAGAGGAUCAGGAUAUGGAUGAAGAUGAUAGAGUUGUGGUUGAGUACCGCGAUGAACUGCAAGCUUUCAAACAGUCUCGAGACCGCAGUGCAGCCAGACGAUCAAGUGCUAGUGCAUCAGAUUCUGAUGAAAUGGACUAUGAUCUUGAACUGAAAAUGAUAUCAACCCCCUCUCCCAAAAAAAGCAUGAAAAUGACAAUGUAUGCAGAUGAGGUGGAAUCACAACUGAAAAACAUUAGGAACUCUAUGCGAGCAGAUAGUAUAGCAACCAGUAACGUCAAAAAUCGGAUUGGCAGUAAAGGAUCAUCAGAGAAAGUUGCAGAUGUAAGACUUCUAUUAGAAGAAAAACGUCAAAAUAAUUCUGGGCCACGUCAGCCAAACAGCAUUGUAAAAUCAGAUGUGCGGCAGAGACUGGGAAAAAGACCACAUUCUCCAGAAAUUAAGCCUCCAAGUAAUACCUCUGCUCCUCGUCGAGAACCGAUAUCAGACGUACACAGCCGAUUAGGAAUCCCCAAACAAGAUGUAAAAGGCCUCUACUCUGAUACCAGAGAGAAGAAAUCAGGUAAUUUGUGGACCCGAUUAGGAUCUGCUCCGAAGACGCAAGAAAAGACUUCAGAUAAACCUGAAAAUUCUGUGGCAUCUCCAGAGGAAGAUGAUUCAGAGCUCCAGCGGGUUUGGGGUGCUCUCAUUAAGGAAAAAGAACAAUCUCGGCAAAAAAAGAGUCGAUUGGAUAAUUUACCAUCUCUACAGAUUGAAAUCAGCCGGGAAAGCAGUUCUGGAUCAGACACUGAAUCAUGAUGUUUUUUAUACUCUGAUCUCUCAAGAUUAUGACUCUGCAAUAUGGCAAGAUUUCCUUUGCCCAAAAGCUGGACACUGGCAAAGACUCAGCAGUGAAGGUUCCAGAAGAGUCUCCAUUCCUUUUAUACAAAAAUAGAGAUGCAUAUACCACUUGAAACCUAAAGCAAUCUCAUUUGUCUGCAGUCUGUGGUUGGCCCUGUGUUAUGUAGGGCAUUGUCAUAUAUGUUUAUUACAGCAAACUUGUAGUUAAUUCUAGCAAAACACGUUUCCCCAAGCUUUGAACUUAGAAGAGGCAGAAAUACUCUGUAUUUUUAAGAGGACCUUUUUGUUCUUAAUAUUUGUAACAUGGAGUCUUUUAACAAAAUAUUUUACACAGUUCAUCCAAAGAACAGGGCAUUUCAUAAUCAACAAUGCUGCCUUGCCCUUCUGGCUGUUACCAGCACCUUUCCUUUCCUCCUAAAGUAAUAACAAUAAUGCUUCCUGGGUGGGCAGCCAGCAAGGAUAAAGCAUAAAGGGACUGUCACGUCCCCUUCCUCCAAAAUAUUGAAUGUAAAUCUAAGUUAAUUUUUUUUAGUACAGUAAAGUUUAAAAUAGUAUCCAAGUAGCAUCAUUGCUCUGAAAGAAUUCCACUCGUUUCUUUUGGUGAUACUAUGUUCUGCUGUAGUAGAGAUUGAGGUUCAAGACUGCAAAGUUUGAUGUUUGAGAAUUGUGUGCAAAUUCCUGAGACUUUUUUUUUUGGUUACAUGCUGAAAAAUUAUAUUUCUUUCAAUUUAGCUGUAUUAUGUUUUGAAGAAAUCUAACAGUUUAAAAACUUACUUUUUUAUAUUUGUGAGAAUUUUCCUGUUGGCCACGGUGAAAGCUAUAGUGGUGUUUUCCUAUGUGCUGUUUAACUAUAUAUGUGUAUAUAUAUAAUUGAAAGAGAAAAGGAAGACUAUAGGAUCACUGUCUCAUGUCAGUAUUUUUGAAUGUUCGUAUUGUAUAGUACAUGUGGAUGUGCACAUGGUUGACUUGCAACAUUCAGCUUUUUUUACCCACAUACCCUCCCUAGGUAGGUAAAGGGUUGUUCAGUGUGCAGCUGCAUUUUUUUUUCUUCCCGUUGCCUAUGGCAUUUAUUUUGAUUGCCAGUAAUUCUCAAUAAGGAAUAAUGCUAGCAUAUCACAUUCUGAUAGCUGGAACAUGUAGCAAGAACAUUGCCUGCUGUGUUUGGAGAGUCUGAAAAAUUGCUUGCAUCGUCCUGAUUUCCUAAGUUCCAUCGGCCCCAAAUGUCUGUGAAUCUCUUCCCCUUUCUGCUUUUCUAACAAAUGUUUUCUUCUUUUUCUUCUAUUUUUAUACUAAGUUGAAGUUGGUUUGAGGCCUCACAAAAGCAAGGAAUCUGCAGUCAACUUUCUUUAUAGCUUCGUUAUGUGUGAGAAUAGCAGCGUGUAAAAUGGAAGGUGCGGUGACUAGAAGGGCAAUCUGAGGACUGCUUGGGCUUCAAGCCUUAUUAUUUUCUUGUGACGCUCACCCUUGAUUUUUGUAUUUAAUUAUUGGAUCUAUAAAUACGGCUCAUAAAAAUACUGUUGGGAGUAAGUGACUGCAAUGUCUGAUCACUGUAAUAAUACAUUUUAAUGUGUGCUUUCAUUAAUAUCCCUUCUAAAGCUUUAAAAUAGAACCGUACUUAUACUAAACCUG